CUUUCUCAAACACAUAAACAAAGCACAACCAACUUGUUUUUCAAACAUGAAGUUAGCUAUACUAAUUGUAGCCAUAUUACUGGGUCUCGCAAUUAAUGGAUGCCAAUGCAAGAUCGUGCAAUUUAUCUUCGGAGAUUCAUUAUCAGACGUGGGUAACAAUAUGAACCUUCCCAAAAGUCUUGCUCAGGCCAGCUUGCCUUGGUAUGGUAUUGAUUUUGGAAAUGGCCUGCCCAAUGGAAGGUUUAGUAAUGGCCGCACUGUUGCUGAUAUUAUUGGUGACAACAUGGGUUUGCCAAGGCCACCAGCUUUUCUUGAUCCAUCUUUAACAGAAGAUGUGAUUUUAGACAAUGGUGUAAAUUAUGCCUCUGGUGGUGGUGGGAUUUUGAAUGAAACUGGUGGCUUGUUUAUUCAAAGGUUUUCUCUCAACAAGCAAAUCGAGUUAUUUGAAGGAACACAGCGAUUGAUCAUAGCCAGAAUUGGUGAAGAAGAAGCAAAUAAGUUCUUCCAAGAAGCUAGAUAUGUGGUUGCUUUAGGAAGUAAUGACUUCAUUAACAAUUACUUGAUGCCAGUUUAUAGUGACUCAUGGAAGUAUAAUGAUCAAGGUUUCAUUAACUAUUUAAUGGAAACACUUGGAGGACAACUUAAGACAUUGCAUAGUUUAGGUGCAAGGCAGCUGAUGGUGUUUGGGCUAGGACCAAUGGGCUGUAUUCCUCUCCAAAGGGUGUUAAGUACAUCUGGAGAAUGUCAAGAAAGAACUAACAAAUUAGCCCUUGGCUUUAAUAAAGCUACCGGCAAUUUAAUAAAUGAUUUAAACGCUAAGCUUCCUAAUGCAAGCUUCAAAUUUGGAGAUGCUUAUGAUGUUGUUAAUGAUGUUAUAACCGAUCCAACUAAAUAUGGCUUUCUUAACUCGGAUUCACCAUGUUGCUCGUUUGGAAGAAUAAGGCCAGCUUUGACAUGUGUUCCAGCAUCAAGAUUGUGCAAAGACAGAAGCAAGUAUGUGUUUUGGGAUGAGUACCAUCCAUCAGAUAAGGCAAAUGAGUUGAUUGCAAAUGAGCUCAUUAAGAAAUUUGGAUUUUUACGUGUUAAUGAUACAAGUGGUCCAUCUCCUGCACCACUCCCUGCCCCAUCUCCUCAGGGAUAAUACCAGAAUAUUGAUUCGACCUUUAAAAUAUAAAUAUUUGAGCAGAAACAAGUUUUUUUUUUUUUUCUUCCAUUAAUUUUCAUUAUAGAUAUUGAAGCAUCUAAUUGUUUAACUAUUGUUUUCUUUUUUUUGGAAUAUUGAGAGAAGAUUCGAAUCUGAGUUUAUACAUAUAUUACUUAUUGUCAUAUUAUGUAUAUGAAUUCAUAUAAUUUAAUUACUUUUCGUUUGUUGUUA